UUUUAGUAGAGAUGGGGUUUCACCAUGUUGACCAGGAUGGUCUCAAUCUCUUGACCUCGUGAUCCACCCGCCUCGGCCUCCCAAAGUGCUGGGAUUACAGCGUGAGCCACCACGCCCGACCGGGGUGAUGAGUUUUCAUUCAGCAAGUGUUUACUGGCUACCUACAUAUGUUGUACCAAGCCCUUUGCUGGACACCGGGGAUUCCAAGAAAGUGGCACAAUCGCUGGCCUCGCUGUGAAGCCAGUGGAGAGCAUUAAGGAGCACUGACUGGAACCGGGGGAGUGUUAGGGCACAGGACACAUCUGCUGGGGAAGCCCAGCGGGCGGCAGUUAACUUGAGGUUGGGGAGAGGAAGCUUCACAGGAGAGGCACCUUGAGGAUGAAGUUGGCCAGACAGAGAAAGGGGCAGGACAAUCCAGGCCAAGGCAAGACCUGUGCACAAGCCUGGUGGCAUGGAGAGCUGAGUGUGUUAGAGCAGAGAGGGGAAGGAGGUGGCUGUGGCCUCUGACCUCACAAUACCCAGGGCCCACUGGGCCAGCCUUGCAGACUCUGCACCCUCCUUCAGCCUGGGCAAGGCCCAGGGCCCUGGGCAGCCUCUAGGUGCAGUACCCUCCCACGGACCACACCCUUCCUGCCGCCCCGGGGCAUGUCUCUCCUCACCAAUUAUGAGGGGCUUCGGCAUCAGAUAGAGAGGCUGGUACGGGAAAACGAGGAACUGAAGAAGCUGGUGCUGCUCAUUCGGGAGAAUCACGAGCUCAAGUCCGCAAUCAAGACUCAGGCGGGUGGGCUCGGCAUCGGCGCAUUCAUGAGUGGGCUUGGUGAGGCAGCAGCAGGACUUCCCUCACGCCAGAGCAAUGGUGUCUUCCUGCCCCCGUCCCCAGCAGUGGCAAACGAACCAGUCCUGGAAGAAGUGGGGAUCACGGCCUUGGCACCCCUAGCCCAGAUGCUAACCAGCUCGCAGCCCAGCACCACGCUGGGCUCAUUCAUGAGCCCUCUGACAGGCCCCCUCAGCACGCUGCUGUCCGGCCCAGCACCCACGUCACAGAGCAGCCCCCUCACCGGUUUCCUGACCAGUCCUGUGGCGGGGCCCCACAUGGGUACAAUGGCCAGCUCCCUAGGCCUGCCCUCCACUGGCCCCCUGACUUCCAGCAGCCCCCUUGCAGGCCCUGUGGCCAUGUCCCAGAACAGCCCCCUGAUAGCCCCUGUGACGGGCACAGUGGCUGUCUCUCUGAGCAGCCCCCUGCUCAGCUCCACUGCUGCCCCACUAGGGGUCUCUCAGAACCUGCUGGCCAACCCCAUGAGCAACCUGGUGCUGCCAGAGGCCCCAAGGCUGCAGCUGGCUGAGCCGCCCCGCGGAGGCUCCUCUGGGCCCCACUCCCCAGCUUGCAUGGUGUCUGCAGCCACCACCAAAGUCCCUCUCUCCACCGAGGCCCCCCAGUCAACCCAGGACCCAGAGCCUCUCAGCAUGCCAUUUGCAGGUGCACCCCUGCAGGCCUCCACCCCCAUCGGAGCCAUAGGCACACCUGCUCCCUCGACGGCCUUCUCCUUCAACACUUCGGAUGCAGGGGCCCAGCCCGGUGCCGCCCAGGAACAAGUGGUCCCUGUGUCCGUCCCCACCUCCCCCACCACCUCCCCCACGGUCACUGUCCUUGCCUCUGCCCCCGCCCUCUCCCCCCAGGUUGCCACCAGCCACACCCCCUCAAGCACCACCCACAUCGCCCAGGGUGCCCCCCAUCCCCCCUCCCGAAUGCAUCAUUCCCCCACCGGGAACCUGCCUGCCCCCCACUCUCCUCCACACAAUGCCCACUCCCCACCUCGCACCUCAUCCUCCCCGGCUUCAGUCAAUGACUCUCGGGGUCCACGCACCAUGGAGCCGUCAAGGAAGAGCAUGAUGGAGGUGGGGCGGAAGCUGGCCCACCGCAAGACGAGCAAGUUCCCUGAGAGCCCCCGAGUGUCAAAGCAGCUGUCCUGGGAGCGGCUGGUGGGUGAGAUCGCCUUCCAGCUGGACCGCAGGAUCCUGUCCAGCAUCUUCCCAGAGCGCGUGCGACUCUAUGGCUUCACCGUCUCAAACAUCCCAGAGAAGAUCAUCCAGGCCUCCCUGAACCCCAAUGACCACAAGCUGGAUGAGGGGCUGUGCCAGACACUCACACAGCGCUAUGUGAGCAUCAUGAACAGGCUGCAGAGCCUGGGUUACAACGGGCGGGUGCACCCUGCGCUGACUGAGCAGCUGGUGAAUGCCUAUGGCAUCCUGCGAGAGCGCCAGGAGCUGGCGGCAUCCGAGGGCAGCUCCUACACCGUGGACUUCCUGCAGCGUGUACUCGUGGAGACCGUGCACCCCAGCAUGCUCACCGAUGCAUUGCUGCUGCUCUCCUGCCUCAACCAGCUGGCACAUGACGACGGCAAGCCCAUGUUCAUCUGGUGACGCUGGAGCUGAGCGGUUCAGGCUCGCUCAGCCCACACCCCUGUUGGCCAUUAAAGCUUCUACCAACGCUGGCUGCUGGGCCUGUGCCAGCACCCCUGAGUGGUGCUGCCUCCUCUGUGGUGGCUCACCAGGCCCCUGCACUGUGACCCUUCA